AUGGAAUGGAGUGAUGUGUUUGAUGAUUCUCGGAAUGAGACGAUUGAAUAUGAAGUGCUUAAAGAACUUAGACCUCCUCCUAAGUUAAAAAACCUCAAGAUUUUGAAUAACAUGGGAAUGAGUUUUCCCUGUUGGGUCGGUGAUCCCUCGUUUGAACAGUUAACAGAGCUUACAUUAUGUGGUUGUAGAAGUACACAUUUAAGACUUGGACAUAUGCGUUCUCUUAAGAAAUUGGUUGUUGAAAGGAUGAAUGAGGUGAAGACUGUGGGUUUUGAAUUACCUGCACCUACGAAUUCUUUUCCAUCACUUGAAGUUCUAACAUUCAAAGAUAUGCAAGGUUGGCAGAGAUGGUCAAUUGAUAGUGGGGAUGACCAUGGAACUCCUAGAUCAUUUCCUCGUCUUCAUGUGAUCUCUAUUAAAUGUUGUCCUGAACUAGCUGAAGUGUCAGUCGGAUUGAUACCUUCACUUCGGGUUUUAUAUAUAGAAGAAUGUUCUGAACCGUUGUUAAGAAGCAUGGUUGGUUUGUCCUCAUCACUUGUUAAAUUGAAAAUAGAGAAUGUUAAAGGACUUACUCAACUACAUGGAGACGAUUUAAUGCAUCUCGGGGCACUUAAAAAUCUUUGUAUUAAAAAUUGUGAUGAACUGAAAUACUUGUGGGAACAAGAAUCAGAGGCAUGCAAGAGUCUUGUGAGUUUACAGAAUUUGGAAGUACAGGAUUGUAAAAACUUUGUUUCAUCAGCCCAGAAAGAGGCCAAUAUUGGGAUCAGCAUGGAAUCACUUAAAUCUGUGAAAUUUAUUAAGUGUGAGACAUUGGAGAGUUACAAUUGUACAAAUACUGUUGAGAGGUUGGUCAUCAGUACUUGUGCUUCAAUAUCAUCCUUGACCUUCUCAGCAGUGCAGGAGCACCCAUCCCCUCUUACUGAAUUGAUAGUCAGUGAUUGUGGUAACAUACAACCCAAACCCAUUCCAGCAAAAGACUUCAGUUUGUCUCGCCUAACAUCUCUUGAGAUCAGUGAUUGCAAGAAUCUAAAGUCAUUUCCUUAUGAGCAUUUUCAAUGUCUCACAUCUUUGGAAGACAUGUGGAUACGAGAUUGUCCAAGUAUGGACUACUCCUUUCCUUGUGGGGUGUGGCCUCCUAAUUUAAGCAAAUUAAAGAUAGGAGGCUUAAAUAAGCCCAUGUCAGAGUGGGGUCCACAGAGUUUUCCUACCUCACUAGUUGACCUAUUGUUAUUUGGCGAAAAUUCAGGAGUGGUUUCAUUUGCAGUGGCGGACAAUGUGAGGAAUACUAUUACUCCAUCAUCAUCAUCAUCAUCAUCUUUUCUUCUUCUUCCACCAUCUCUGGUUUUUCUAGAAGUCAAUGGUUUUAAGGAUGUGGAAUCAUUUUCAGAGUGUGUGGACGUAGAAAAGGUGCACGUUGGAUCAAGGCUGUCUACAUGAUGUCAGCGAGGCAAAUCAGCUAAAUAUGCAUGGGGAUGCACGUUGAAAAAAGUUAUAAGACAAUCAAGGGUACGAGUAAAUACCAAAUACAAAUUCCAUAUUUGGGAUGAAUGGUGGAUGAACUGUUGUAUAGCUUCACUGAAUUGUACUUAGAUGUAGUAAUUAUCAAACAUAUUUUGUUUUGGGAUUUUAUUUAAAAACUAGUUUAUAAAAAA